UCUACCAGAACCGUUAACAAGUAGAAAAACUGCUUUGAAUUUCGGCUUUUGUCGUUUCCCCCGUUUUCUACAGGAUGGCAAACGGGCAGGAAAAUGCUGGGUUAAAAGCUGUGGAAAAGUUCUAGUGUUGAAAAUCAGCUCGUAAAUGAUGAAGAGCUUUUUGAACUGCGAACUGGCUCUGGAUUGGGUGCAUAGGACGGUAACCAGCGACUCCGUCUCACUCCCCUGCCCGGCUCCGCUCCGCGCCCCGACUCCGCUGUCUCCCAUCACCCCCCCCCCCCCCCCCCCAUGGAGCCGCCCGGGACUCCUGCCCGCGGUCGCGUCCCCGCCGCUCCGGUCCGGCCCAGCCGCAUGGACAACCCACAGGCCGCCCCGGCAGCGGCCACGGCCGGCUAGGGCGUCAGGGGAGGGGACAGGUCAGGUGCUGGGCCGGAGGGAGCCUCCUACCCCGAGAGGCGGCACGCCGGGCCCGGGCGCGUCUCGACCGCCGAGCCGGGGAGCCCCCACCUCCGGGGCCCGGUGGCAUCGCGGGGGGUGGGGGGGGGGAGCCGAGGAAGGGAAGAGGGUGGUGGGGUGGGCAGUGUCAGGCCGAUUUGUUCAGGGCCAGAGGGUUCGCCUUCUGCUACCUGCUCCCCGGGCCAGCCACCCGCCCAGGCUGGGGUGCUCGGGGUAACAGCUGCCUCGGCCAGACAGCUGCUCCUGCCGGCCCUCCUCCCCACACCUGGCCUCCGGGAGGUGCGCCUUUGCCUUCCUCACCGAGCAUCUGCACUGUGGAGACUCCUUCCGUGGCGAGAGGACGGGUCUGGACCAGGCCUGAGGCAAGGUGGAGCCAUGAUCUGAACCUGGGACGGAGGUUGGGAAAGUCGAGCCCGAGGCAGCUUUGGGACCUGAACACUCUUGUCAGAUGGAGAUGGGUAUUAGUCUUUUCAGUGUCAGCAGUUUCCCACGAAGCACUUGGAAUACUUGAGUUUUGUGGCUGAAGCCUAAAUCAGAUUGGUACUUCCGGCCACAGAAUGGUCUAUGAAAGAAGCAGGUUGCAUGAGCCUGUUUGGGAAGCAACAACGUUGCUUCGCAUUUAUAUGGCACUGCGUUUUGUUUUGUUUUGUUUUGUUUUUUUCCUUUCCCUGAAAGUCAAAGCACGUAAGCACACCUAGUUUUCUCUGUAAAGGAAGGUGAGUAUUCCAGUUACACUUAGAAGAAAUUGAGGAUGGGGCCGGAAGCUGUGAACAGCCUUUCAUCCAGUGUUGUGCGUCUCGGAUUAUAGGCAGUUUUGAUUCCCGGUGUGGUGUGCAGGGAAGAUAUUUUGUCCUUCCGUAGUAUUUCCUUUUUGGAAUCUAAUCGCUUCUUAGAUUUAAAACAGGUUGUUUUUUUUUUUUUUUUUUUUUUCCCCAUACCAGCCCUUUCUGUACGUUAACUUCCACCCGUCUGAUAUUUGCAGCCCUGACCUUACGGAGUUUGUCCAUUUCGGUUAGAUCACAAAUGUGUUCUCUCACUCAUUGAUGAUUUC